AAACUGAAUUAACCGUUAGUAUUUAGUAGCACCUCGAUCGUUCUAGGCGAACCGGUACUCUGUUCACAUCAAGUUUCUGGAACGUGGGCGUCUCGAUAUGAAGACCGCAUUUGGGGUCUUAUCCUUAUGUUAGGUCAUCAUUCCAAAACCAUACUAACCUGGCGGUAGUCCACUGUACCUCAGGGCUUACACCCUUUUUUCGAAUGUGGUUCGCAUAUAUAUAUAUAUAUAUAUUGCAUGAGUGGAUUCUGUUCAAGCUCCACCGUCAACUUUGGCAGCUCUCUUCCAGAUGAACUUCUGCGUUGCUCCUUGCCUCACUCUGUCCCCGAUGGCCGACAGUUGUCCCUUCGAGGCCAUCAGGCUAUCGUUCACGUGCAAUGUCAGGAUUCCCCUGGGACCGACAGCGUUCACCCCGGGUGGCUCAAUAUCCAUUUCAUCACCACAUGUUGAGAUCUGGCUUCAAAAUAAACAGGUACUGAUACGAGAUCAGAACACCGCAUACGGAACAUAUGUGAAUGGUAUCCGAAUAGUGCAACAAACUCUCUUGCAGAGCGGCGACAUUCUUACAUUGGGUGUUCCAAUAAUUCGGUCCUCUGGUGUCUCCACUAAUGUAACAAAUGCCCAACUCAAGCCCAUUAAAGCAAUUGUGACUAUUGUGGGUGUCUGAUCUCCCAGCGGCAGAUAUAAUUCUCGUGGCCUGUAUGCGGAUGUCGCGACUUUCGCGAUCUGUUCUUUAAAAUGACCUAACACUGCCUUGGCAUCAUCAUGCGCUCACCCCUGUGGCAGUACACACUUUAUUCAU